UUGGCUUUUUACUUCCUCGAUAUCCAGGCGGUGUUGACAGCGCUGCACAAUGAAAUUACUCACUUUAUUAAGUUUAUUCGUAACGUAUUUAGUUACGGACUGCAUUAAUAUCGAGAAUACAGCAGGCCAGUUCUUUAGCAGCGGUCAUACAAACAACUGGGCUGUUCUGGUGUGUACCUCCAGGUUCUGGUUCAACUAUCGACAUGUGGCCAAUUCUCUGUCGGUGUACAGGAGCGUAAAGAGGCUGGGCAUCCCUGACAGUCAUAUAGUUCUGAUGCUGGCCGACGACAUGGCUUGUAACCACAGAAAUCCUAAACCAGCCACAGUGUUCAGCCACAAGAACAUGGAGCUCAACGUCUACGGAGACGACGUUGAGGUGGAUUACCGUGGAUACGAGGUGACAGUGGAGAACUUCCUGCGAGUCUUGACUGGACGGCUUCCCCCCAGCACUCCUCGCUCCAAACGCCUCCUGUCUGACGACCGAAGCAACAUCCUCAUAUACCUCACUGGUCACGGUGGGAACGGCUUCCUUAAGUUUCAGGAUUCGGAGGAGAUCAGCAACGUGGAAUUGGCUGAUGCUUUUGAGCAAAUGUGGCAGAAAAGAAGGUACAACGAGCUGCUCUUCAUCAUCGACACUUGUCAGGGCGCCUCUAUGUACGAGAGGUUUUACUCUCCAAACAUCAUGGCUCUGGCCAGCAGUCAGGUCGGGGAAGACUCCCUGUCGCACCAACCAGACCUAGCCAUAGGAGUCCAUUUAAUGGAUCGCUACACCUUCUACCUGCUGGAGUUCCUGGAGGACAUCCACCCGGCGAGCAAAGCCAACAUGAACGACCUGUUCAAAGUUUGUCCCAAGAGUCAGUGCGUGUCCACUCCGGGUCAUCGGACCGACCUUUUCCAGAGGGAUCCGGGAAGCGUCCUCAUCACAGACUUCUUCGGCAGCGUCCGCAAAGUCGAGAUCACCACUGAAGUUGUAAAUUUAACGGACCCCAUCGAGCAAGUGGACGAGAGCCCUGCGAAUGGAGAGGCGCGUGAAGAGAUGUACUCGUACGUGGACCAGCUGCCGGUGUCUGAGAUCAUCCAUCAGAAACCAAAGCAGAAAGACUGGCAUCCUCCUGAUGGCUUCAUCCUGGGCCUGUGGACUUUAAUCCUGCUGGUGUUUUUCAAGACCUACGGUGUUAAACAUCUAAAGCACAUCUUCUAAGGAUCCGGCGCAGACGCAGCUGGACAUCCCAGGACCCAGGGAGUCUUUCCUGAAGGGGUAUUUGGGAAGAAGCUGCAGUUUGUGAUGGGUUUUUAUACCUGAAUGUGGGAAGAUGAGCAACAGAAACUACUGAUUUGUAUAAAGCUCCAUAAACUAUUGGUGCCUUUUUUUAUGUUUUAAAGCUGCAGUAUGUAACUUUUAUAAAAAUAUGUUGUUUUUUUUACCAUCUUUAAUAAAACUGUCACCAUGUCGUGACGGUGUAAGACAGAUAAUCUAUGAAAAAAAUUUAGCUCUUCCACUUCCUACAUGAGCUAUUACUGUGGUCUGCAAAAAUGCACAAAAACAACCAAUCAGAGGCAGGAGGCGGGUCUUAGGGAUGUCAAUCAAUGUGCUAAUGGCGGAAAUGAUGUUUUUUAUUUGUUUUUCUGUUAUGCGUGUUGUUUUCUAUUCUUAUUUGUUUACUUCGGUGAUUAGGUUGUAAAAUGUGAAUCUUAUAUAAAUUUUUUUACCAUUUUUUUGGUAUUAUACAAAAAAAAUUGCAGCAUUCGUGGCAGGUUAUGUGUGUUUUACUAAGGUUCAGGUUGGCAAAAAAACAAGUGGGAGUGGUGAAUAUGAGUGAUUGACAGCGCUAAGAUCCGCCCCCUGGCUCUGAUUGGUUGUUUUUGACUGAGCGUUGUAUUUCUGCAUUUGUUUUGGGUUUUUUUGCAGAUUAUCCGUUUGAUUAUGACGUUUCCAGUGGAGAGAAUGAAAAACAGCAUCUGUUCCUGGUUUUCUACUCUUAAAGAAAACAUGUAUUUAUGUCCUGUUAUUAAUUGUCAAUGACAUUGCAGAGCUGACUAAGUGCUUUUGAAAUUUUUGAAAAUCGGGAUCUUGCUACUGUCUUGUAAAAGUAGUUGAGGAUCUUAUGUGAGCAACAUGAAGUAACUCAUAACAGAGGAGUGGAUGGAGUAAAAAAGAAUGUUAAGUACAAGAAUAAAAUUAUAAUAUUAGCAGAGUAAAGUCCGUUAAUGAGAAUAACGGUUUACUGUACGACUUUAUUCUUGUCAUUACAUUUUUUUCUUAGCCUGGCCCUUUCGCUCUGUGGUAGAAAGAAAAUGGUGGAAAGUUGUGUGUUAAUUUUUUUUCCCAGGUUUUCUAAAAUUUCUACCUCUUCUUCUCUACAAAAAUAGCUUGAGGUCAGUCGGAUAUGACCCAGAGGGAUUCUGAACAUUAGUUUUCGAGUUUUCUUUUACAUUGACAUUAGGAUUAAGGCCUGGACUUUGACUGAGCCAUUCCAUAGUAGGUUUUUGCUGUAUAUUUAGUUCAGCUGGACGUCCGCCACAGCCUCCGGUCUGCUGUUCGUUCAUCUCUUUCCAUUUUUAAAUGAUGGAAUGAAUGUUUAGGAUUUUAUUUUCUAACUUUACUUGAAACGACUCCAUAAGUUCUCUGACCCAUCUGCUGCGUUCCUUCAUGAUGCUGUUUGCUCGCUAACGUUGUCCAUCUAGAUUAUUUGAUCAAAUAGUUUUUGAACAUAUAUGGUUGCAUUUUAUUUAUUUUGAGGUUUUAGAGUAAAAGGGGCUGGACACAAACUCACUAUUUGCAUUUUUAUUAAUAAGACAUUUUAGAAAAACAUAUUUCCACUUGUUUUUCACUACUUUUUGUUGCUCUGUCACAUAAAAUACCCAUAAAAUAUGUACAAGUUUUGUUACAUGAGGUGAAAAAGUUUAAGGUGUAUGAACAAUUUCUCCAAAACUGUACAUAUUAAGAAGUUUGUUUUUGUUUUAUUUUGGGAAAUGGUUAAAUGUUCAGCCGUUUUUCUUCUAUUUCACUUGUUCUGUUCCUCCAUAUAUUUUUGUGUCGCAAGCAGAGUUUUGAUCCUCUGUUGCACCGACAUGCUUUAUAAUGCACUGAACUGAGUCUGCAGAUAAUUAAAUUUAUUUGGAGAGCACGUUGCCCCGCAUAUUUCAGCUGCAGCAGCCUAUUUGUUUAAGUGCUACUCUGACUGUGGGUCACAGAAGGAAAAACACGCUGAUUGGUUGUGAGUGGGCUGUGGAGAGAUUACUGCAGGGGUGUCCAAAGUGUGGCCCCGGGGCCGGUUUGCGGCUGGUGGAAUGAUUCUGUGUGGCCGUUGUCCACAAUUCAGGAAUAUUAUUUUAUCAGGAUAUCUAUUUUAUCAACCAAAUGUUCUGCUUUCUUUUUAAUUUGACAGCAUAUAACUACAACCAACCAGCCACUUUUACUCAAAAGUAGAAUUGGAGCACAUCCCUUCAUUAGAGAUUUAAAGCUGCAGUAUGAAGCUUCUUUAAAAAAUAUAUAUAUAUAUUUUUUGCGUUUGUUGAAACUGUAACUGUCGUAACAGUUUAGAAACAGAUCAUCUGUGAAAAAAACCGAGCUUCUCCACCUUCUCCCACUUCUAACUAGAAACAACCAAUCAGAGCCAGGAGGCGGGUCUUAGUGCUGUCAAUCAACCUCUCCAUCACCCACUUUUGCUCUGCUACACUGCAGCUAGCAUAGCAUGUUGUGAAUGCUCAGGCUAGUUAGCAUGUGACCAAUAACAGCAGAUAAACGGUUUUCUUGUAAUAAGUUGUUUCUCCACCAUUAGCACAUUUAGCAGGAUUACAUGGUUGAUUGACAGCGAUUAGACCCGCCUCCUGGCUCUGAUUGGUUGUUUUUGGUUCAUUUCUUUACAUGGCAAUAGCAACUCAUGCUGAAGAUGGAGAGAUCAAUCACAGAUUAUCUGCCUCCUAACAAACUGUCACGGCAU